AUGAACUACGAGCUGCGCGGCGCCGACACGCGGAACCGGGGCACGGCGGACCACGACGGCCCCGUCUUCUACAACAAGGUCCAGGUCUUCAACCGCGACCUGAGCGUCCUGAUGAUCUCGCUCUUCGCCCAGUGGCGCCACAUCGAACGCGCGGAGCGCAAGGCGAAGCGCGACGCGGGCAAGGCCGGCGACGGCGCCGCGGCCGCCGCCGCGGAGCGCGAGCGGCUCUACGCGCUCAGCGCCGCGGACCUCGACGCGUUGCUGCGCGCCGAGGCGCAGACCGACGGCAUCCGCGUGCUCGACGCUUUAGCGGCCACGGGCCUCCGAAGCAUCCGCUACGCCAAAGAAGUCCCCGGCGUCCGCAAGGUCGUCGCCAACGACGUCGACGCGGACGCCGCGGCGGCCUGCGGGCGCAACGCCGCGGAGAACGGCGCCGCGGACAUCUGCGAGGCCCACUGCGGCGACGCGGUCGACUUCAUGACCGCGUCGCGCGGCAAGGGCUCGCAGGGCUUCGACGUCAUCGACCUCGACCCCUACGGGUCCUGCGCGCCCUUCCUGGACGCCGCCGUCCAGGCCGUCAACGACGGCGGCCUCUUGUGCGUCACGUCGACGGACAUGACCGUGCUCAGCGGCAACUACCCCGAGGUCUGCUUCGCGAAGUACGGCUCCAUGCCCACGAAGGCGAAGCACCUCCACGAGUUCGCCUUACGGAUCCUCGUCCACGCCAUCGAGGCCGCCGCGGCGAAAUACCAGCGCCACGUCGUGCCCGUGCUCUCCCUGUCCAUCGACUUCUACGUGCGCGUCUUCGUCCGCGUCUACAAGCGCCCCGCGGAGGUCAAGAAGUCCGCGGCGAAACGGGCGUUCGUGCUCCAAUCCGCGGGCUGCCCGUCCUUCUACUUGCAACCGUUGGCGCGCUCGCUCGACCGCGAGGGCGGCCACGCCGCGGCGCUCCUCCACCGCAAGGCCACCGUGGCCCCGGCCUUCUGCGGCGAGACGGGCGCGCCCUUCAAGAUCGGCGGGCCCAUCUGGUCCGCGCCCUUGCACGACCCCGAGUGGGUC